AGUUAUUCGGUCGAGGGCUUUCGAGAAGACAGACUCACGGCUCAUCGGUCGGCGACGGUGACGUGUUGAGCGACGAGCAGUGAACACGCCAUAACCUCACUUCCGCUUCUUCUCUUCUUCCCACUCAUUCAAGCACCUUCAGCUGCACUUAUCGACCAACAUCAACUCGACAGAUAUACAACCCUUCGACAACAACCACAGCACCUCAAUAAUGUCUGGACUCAAGGCUGGCGAGCAGUUUCCAGAGGGCGUCAAGUUCAAGUACAUCCCAUGGACCACGGCCGACACUAAGGUCUGCGGCUUUCCUGUCGACUACAACACCGACAAGGAGUUCGCCAACAAGAAGGUCGUCCUCGUUUCCGUUCCAGGUGCUUUCACGCCAACCUGCAGCGCCAACCACGUCCCUCGCUUCAUUGAGCACAUUGCCGACUUGAAGCAGAAGGGCGUUGACCAGCUCAUCAUCAUCGCUCCAAACGACGCCUUCGUCAUGUCUGGCUGGCAGAAGGUCAACGUCGGCGGUACCGACGACGACAACACUUUCGUCGUCUUCGCCAGCGACCUCGAAACCAAGCUCGCGAACCAGAUUGGCUGGACGGCUCCAGGAGACCGCAACGGCCGCUGGGCUGCCAUCAUCGACCACGGAAAGGUCACCUACGCCGAGGUGGAGACCGAGCUCCAGGCUGUCACCGUCUCUGGCGUCGAUGCCAUCUUGAAGCAGUUGUAAGAUAAGGCGUGGAAGGAACGGAUUCGAAAAUCGCCACUGCGCGCCACGAAGACAUGAAAAUGAUGAAAGAUAGAGGAUAGAGGAUAGAAUGAUGAGCGUUUCGGCAUUCCACACACUGGAUACUCAUCAGCAGCAUCAAUGGAAAUGAAUACAAAAGCGUUCGAGAAAGUUCUUGAUGAUGAGGUGUGCAUCCGGAUUAGUGAGAGCGAAGGUGGCAGUGCAAACAAUGCCUGCCUGAAGUGCUACAAGGAGUCCAUCGCAGAUGCCAGUGAAGAAGCAGGCUAGCGACCGCUCUUGUAAGACCAUAGCUUCAUCUUAUCCUGGAAAUCGACGUCUAGAUCGCGACUUGAAGCUUACAAUCCCGGCUUCCGUCAUCGUCCGC